UUACACAAAGAAAUCGAAAAUAGAAGUACCCGUACCUGCAUUAUGUAAAUAAAUAUUAAUAUACCUAAGUAAAUUUAUAUAUAAUAGUUGAAUCUGUUGUAUCUUAAACUCGAAUAUUUCAAUGGAUUAACAAGGAUACAUUAAUACAAGAACAGCUCGUUUUUUUAUACCACAAAAUCCAGGUCCAGAUUCAGAGAUCUCGUAAGGUAGGAAAGACAUGCGGAAGUUGGAAAAAUCCUGACCAAUAAAUCUUCAGAUACAACAAAUACAAACAGACAAUUCAUAUAUUUAAAACAUGGAUACAGAAUCUCUGCUUAACACAACUUCUACAGUUGCCUCAGGAUAUUCAAGUAUGCCUGUGGGAGGAAAUAAACCGAAAAAGAAAUUGGCAAUCCAAAACCAAUCAAAGAUUGACAGAGAAUUCAGCAAGAAGAUUUCAUAUCGGCAUCGACCUUCAGUUAAAGUUAUAGUAACAAAAUGGAUCUCAACGGUCAUCCUUGGCGCACUCCUUCUCGCGUGUGUAACUGACAGUAAAAUAUCUAUCAUAGCUUUAUCAAACAAGAUGAAUCGAGACGAAGAAGAGGUAAAAGAAGGAGUAGUGGAAAAACAGUUCGUGAUGCUCCAGCUUCUAGCAGUCAUUCCAAAUGUGAUUAAUUUUAUUCGAGGUAUUUGGGCUGGGGCAUUUCGACAAGAUUUGCCAUGGCCAAGAAAGAAAGCGCUUAUCGUGGGAUUCUUCAUCAGUUUAAUGGAAUCAUUCGGAAUCUGCAUGUUUGUUUUCAACAUUCCUGGAAUAACAAGCGCCCACAACGUCAUUCUUCUCAUGAAUUGUGUCUUCAUUGUUCCUUUAUGCUCCAUCAUUUUCACUAGUUUUAGGAAUAACAGUGAAAGCAAAUGGAAGUGCCUUUUUAGUUUGGCUUUAGUAUUCGAAUUAAUAGGCAUUGGUCUGACUGGUUACCUUAUGAAAGGUAUUGAUCCUGACAAAAUAUGGAUGGUUCCAGUCGCAAUACUAUUUCUGUCAAUAUCUUGGACACCAGGCCUUUUGAAUUUUCUAUUACAAACUGAUAUAAGAAGUGAAUACGAAGAGAUUGUAGAGGAAAAUGGGGAAGAAUCGUACGUUAUUGAUACUAUGGGAACAGGUUCAAGUACUCCUAGCGCAAGUACCAGUACCGGGUACCAGACAGUCAGUCAGAAUGGACGUUCAUCUAUGCAUGAAAGUUUUAGACUGAUACCAAGACCACCACCAAAUGCAGAUGAAAGAACUUCGGAAUCAGAACAUGAAAGAGCAACAUGGAAGCUCACAAUUUACAUGUCCUUCCUAAAAAUAUUGUUUACAUUUGGAAUUUCCAUGAUGAUAUUCUAUGUAAAACCUAUGUCAAAAGUUGAUAUGUCCAAGCUGAACUAUAAAAGUGGCUGGAAUUGGUCUGGUACAAGCUCAAAGGAAGUAUACUAUUUUGUGGCAAACAUAGCAACAAGCGUAUUAGGCUACAUGUUUGGAUAUAUCGCAUGUACGACGUGUAUGCAGCGAUGGGCGUUUUCAGUACCUUUGGUUUUGGCCACGCCCCUUUCUAUGGUUCUUCUCGUUGUUAACAAAAGCUGUGAGGGUGUUUUAAUCAGGAGAGAAAAUGGUGGCAUAUCGGAUGCUUGUCCCAAGUUAGAGUCAUCGGAUAUGACCCUUCUGCUUGUAGCCGCCGGCUGUCUGGUGCUGGCACAGGCUUUAUCUACAGGAUGGUUGAUUUUCAGAAGUCAAUCUAUUGUGAUGCUAAAGGAAGAUCAGUUAUUCUGGGUACCAAUGUACAACUCUGCGCUGCUAGAACAAUGGUUUAUGUUAAUGAGAAGGAACGAACACAAUGACGAAUGUCACGAAGAUCCUGUGAAAAAAGCGAAACGAUCUAAAAUUAUCAUCUGUACAACUAUGUAUAGAGAGGCUGACUAUGAAAUGCGGCAGCUUCUAGAGUCUAUACAAGGUAUAAACCUUGCCCAAGGUGACGGUGGAAGACAUUUUGAAUCUCAUGUGUUCUUUGAUGGGGCGGUAAAGGAUAAGAAUCCAACAGAUUUUGUUCUGCAACUAGUAUCCUUGGUAGAAUCAACUUUAGGUGUGAAAGCAGAAACAUGCAGUAAGACGAUGACACCAUACGGUAUGACCUUGACCUGGAGACUGAAUGCAGAUCCAGGUCAAACUGGAAUGAUUUUCAAGAUCCAUUUGAAAGAUAACUUCAAAGUGAAGAACAAGAAGAGGUGGAGUCAGGUUAUGUACAUGUCCUAUGUAUUGGAUUUUCUCAUGGGUCAAAUGGACGAUGCUACCGACGACGAAUCGUAUAUUUUGACAACCGAUGCUGACGUUAGAUUCACACCUGAUUCAGUUGAGGCGUUACUCGAUCUUAUGACACGUGACCAUAGUGUGGGCGCGGUUUGUGCUAGGACACACCCAUUGGGUAGUGGUCCACUUCUCUGGUACCAGGUUUUUGAGUACGCCAUUGGUCAUUGGUUUCAAAAGGCUGCUGAACAUGUCCUUGGAUCAGUGUUGUGUUCUCCAGGAUGUUUCAGCGUUUACAGAUGUAAAGCUAUAAGAGACAUUCUACCACAGUAUGCUUCCAAUGUAGAACAUGCCUUCGAUUUCCUUACAAAGGACAUGGGAGAAGACAGAUGGUUCUGUACCCUUAUGGUACAGAGCGGUUGGCGUAUAGAAUAUUGUGCCGCGUCAGAAAAUAGUACUCAUUGUCCCGAAGACUUUGAUGAAUUCUUUAAGCAACGUAGACGAUGGGUGGCAUCAACCAUAGCAAAUCUCAUGCUUCUGGUCAAAGAAUGGCACAUUAUUGCGAAAUUAAAUCACCGUGUAUCGUUUGUUUUUCUGAUUUAUCAAGCGAUUCUGCUAUUUGCAACCUUGAUAGGGCCAAGUUCCGUAAUACUUGUUGUGUCAGGUGGCCUGAAGUACGGCUGGAACUGGGGUGCAAAUUCAUCACUUGUGAUCCAAUUAAUUAUAUGUGUUGGAUUUACUAUGACAUGUCUUAUGACGUCAUCAAAAACGCAGCUGAAUGUGGCAAAGCUCCUAACAUUUUUGUACGCUGUGAUAAUGACGGCUGUGGUAGUUGGCACCGCAGUUCAGAUAGCUUCAGAUUUCAAUGGGGAUCCGUCAGCAAAAGGGAACAUAAUCAGUGAUAAGAUAAAAUUUUCAACAACAACCCUGUAUAUUGGAGUUAUGGCGGCGAUAUUUCUUCUUGCUGGCAUGCUUCAUCUCAGCGAGUUCGUGUACUUACUUCAUGGUGUAUGGUAUUUACUGUGCCUUCCAGCCGGCUAUCUGAUCCUGAUGAUUUAUAGCAUUUGUAACAUCACUGAUAGGUCAUGGGGUACCAGGGAAGUGAAGACACAUUCUGUAUUGUCUCAGCAACGAAGCUGGCAAGACACGUUAAAAAGCUCCUUCAAGUCAUUUUUCUUCUGCUGUUUUACCAAACCAGCAGAAACAAAAACAAUUGCCAUCCAGACGGAGACAGUACAUAAAACAAGAGGGUCCAGGACGACCUCUAUGUCAGAAGGCACAGACGCCGGUAUUCACGAUGGGAAUGUCAACCUAGGGGAAGACAUUAACAAGUCUGUGAACGGAGAAAUGUAUCUUAGCAUGAUACCUGAGGAGAAACUUGGAGAAAGAUCAUUUAGAACAUCUAUCUAUGCAAAAGAGGAUUAUGACGAUGAGGACACCGAUUUGGAUAAUGAUACAAUAUCUGAUGUGAAGGACUGGCUGCCGUCAGAUAUGAAAAACCUAGCGCGUAACUUCAUUGAUAACGGAUUUGAAAAUACCAUGCUAAUAUCUGGUAUGACAGAAAAGGAGUUAAAAGACAUUGGAAUCAAAAGAAAAGGAAUGAAAAAAUACCUGCUGGAAGAAAUAAAAAAGCUACCAGACUACGAAAUACAAGCUGAAGUACCGGAAAAUUUAGAGGAGUGGUUGAAAACAGUUGGUCUGGAGCAGUACAAGAACACUUUCAUAAAAGAACAAAUACGAACAUCAAAGGACAUGGAAGUUUUAAAAUCGUUUGGGCGCUCCGAGAUCGAAAAAGAGUUGAAGAUAAAGAAAACAGGACAUAUCAAAAGAUUGAUGUAUGCAAUUAGGAAACUUAGAAAUCCAACGGAGAGUGAGAUGCGUAUAAUGGAAGUGAAGAAAGCGCUGAUGGUACCAAAAGCGCAUCAACUUAAAACUUUAAAUGGAGAGGAGUAUGAAUUUUGGGAUAAUUUAAGAAAUUUGUGCCUGAUGCCGCAAUCUACGGCAUUUGGUUUGGAGGACGAUUUAAAAGCUAAACUUGGUGAUCUGAGGAAUGCAUGGUUAAUGAUAUUUGCAGUGUCAAACACGCUUUGGCUGAUACUGAUUUAUACACUGGCUGAUAAGGGACAAAUUCUCAGUGUAUUUGGGAGCAAUCCUAUAGGGCUUGUUGUCUUGGUCUUGUUUGGACUAGUGCUUAUUAUUCAAUUCUUAGCAAUGAUUGUACAUCGUGUUUCAACACUCACUCAUUUCCUAGGAAGAGCACCGUACAGGGUCGGAGAUACAUACAACACCACGUGGGCAUUUAAUGACAGGGACAUGAAAGUGUCAGAGGAUGACAUGGUUGCUAGGCGAGUAAGAGACUAUGCCACAGGAAGGGCAAUUGGUAAACUUCAGCAAAGAAGAAAGGACAGAGGUGAACGCAGACCAUUGCUUCAGACACAAGAAGAACACGUUUAAGAAGUAGCAUUAGAAGGUCAUGAAUGGGCUGUGUCUAAUGUUCCAAGUGACAUUUUCGACUGUACUACUUGCAUGUCAUAAAUAGUGUUAAAACGGUUUAUGUAACGUACCAAUACUGUUGAUAAAACAUCAUUUGCUAAAAUUGCAAGGGUGGAAAAUUGUCAAUGAAUCAGUCUCAAGCGCUAGAAUAACAAUACCUGCACAGCAUGAGCAUCUGUGCAUUUAAAAAAUAGAAAUCCUGUUGUUUGUAAUUAUACUAUCAUCAGAAUAAUGUAUUGCUAAUGGUCCAUUCUAAGAAAAUAUUUAAGGUGUUUGUUUGUUUGCAUUUGAAUCCGGAUCGUUACUCGUAACAUUUCUUGUAUAACAAACGGCUGUGACUAAAUACAGAGUUGGUGCGCCUGUGAUAUAUUACAGACUCCGGUAUAUACCGGAUUAACUAAAUUUGAACAAAAAUAUCUUAAAUGUUUAUAUUUUGUAACCAUAGUGAUUCUAACCCUAACCUUUAGUCAGUAUAUUAUGCAUAUUAUACACUAAAUGCGCGCGGACAUGCAAAAAAAUGAGUAUUUUUGCCGUGCGUUCCUUUUGAUAAUAAUUCCGCGCUUGCGCAGAACGGCUGCACCAACUCUGCAAUGAGAAACAUUAAUAACAAACAUAGCUACUCGAGACAUAAUCUGAUAUUGGGAUUGGUUCCUACGUUUAUUAUUGUAUGUUGCUCUUUAUAUGGAAAUUAUACGUCCCUAUCGGAUAGCGUAGUUUUUAUUUAAUUCAAACAUCAAAUAUGCGAGGUUGAAUGUGCAAUGAAUAUAACAAAUGGUGUAACGCGAGUGUACUGUUCAGAAAAACAGAAAUGUGCAAUCAUACAUUGCAGUACAAAUUAAUAUGUUAUAUUACAUCGGGUUGUCAAUUGAAAUCUAGCUGUGUUACCUAGCAUUCAAUCAUUUGUAAUAUAUAUGUGUAACACUAAUGGACUGAUUAAGUUAAUUUUAAAAACAAAGCAGCGGAUUGUGAAAUCUAGCUGCACACUGUGUGUUAAAUUCAAACCUGUUUUAAGGAGCAAGUAAAGGGAAUGACGAAAAAUGAAAUUUUUGUUGUUUAAUACUUGUUGAUUUGCUCUGAAAUAACAGAGACGGGAAAUAGCUAAUGUGGCUACUAAAGAAAAGUGAUUUAUUAAUAGUGAUGAUCGCGCUAACACAGGUUUGACUCUAGAUUAAUAACUGUUCAUACCUUUACUUCUAUGCGAUGAUAAACUUAACAAUAAACAAAUGUCUCAUAUAUCUUCUGUCUGACUAAAAUCAUAUUUUUGCGUCAAAUGUUGGAUAAGAAUGUUGAGCGGUUGUGUUGAUUUUUAUAAAAAGGUUCUAUUAAAACAGAACUUUGCCUUUUAAAGUUGUUCACUGUAUUAAUAAUUGUAUUUUCUGUAUCUAACUGAUUCUCAUUGGCAAAGUUUGUAUUUCAUUUUUAGUCACCUGUCAGUUGAUAAUGUUGUAUGUUUUGAACAUUUUUAUGUAAUAAAUCUGAGAUUUUCUCAACAGUUAAUGCUUUCAUCGGCCCUGAGUCUGUUUGGUUGAAUUCGUAAGUCCUAUAAUAACCGACUCUUAGUAGAAAUGGUAUAAAAAUCUGAGCACAGGUAUGUUUUACAUGUUAAUUUCGAACUAUUUCCUUGGUUAAUUAAAAGGAACAGAAAUGAGCCGUUUAUCAAUAUAAAGGCCAUGACAAAUAGACUAGAUUAUACCAAAUCACCAUCACCAGUUGCGUAAGAAAAUCUAUUAAGACGAUUUGCGUACUGUUUUGUUAAUGGUGUAGCUAUGUUUGUUUUAUAUCCUAGCCUGAUCUGCGUAGGUGAAGGUUUAAAAAAAUAAACAUAGCCAACUAGUAAUCUUAAAUGCAUAGUUACAACAUUAUUUUUAGUGUGUGUGUGUGUGCAUGUGCGUGUGUGUGAGCGUGUGCGUUCGUAUUGCAUAACGAACUGUAUCGAAUUGGCUUUUGAUAUAAUCCAUUAGUGUUUUUGUCUGAUAUUUGACCAGUAUCUUCCUCAGUGCUCAGUAUUUGUGGCAUUGUAAUAAUAGUUACAGGAAUAUUGUAUUGCAACUAAUCACGUUUCCAGUGCAAUUUAGUAAUUCAGUUCAUUUCUUUUUACAAAAAUAUAGCUUGUGAGUGUUUUUAUAUAUUACAUAUAUUUGUUUUAUUGAACUUGUUGUCACUGACGAUUACAUUUAUUAUUACUCUUUGACUGUUGAAUAAAUUUAUUAAAAUAAAAUGCAAUACAAUGUGUAUAAAAUAAGGAAAAACUUGUA